AUGAUGUUUUUGACGUCAUUUAUAACUAUCCUUCUGUUCUUCCAGUUUUCCGCUGCAAAAGCACCUCCUAGUAAGACUUCUCUGGUAAAUACCCAUGAAAGAAGAUCAAUCUAUUCAUGUUAUGUCGGUUUGCGUAAAGAGAAUUGGGCAUACAAUGGGUCCGCUAUAUGUCGCUAUGAGCCUGCAAUUCAAUCGAUGCUAUAUUGUCUCUACGAAGACACGUUCGAGAAAGGGUAUUCAAACAAAACCCUAGAGAAGGGUUUCGAAGAAAUGAGACAGUUUUGCUACACACCAAAAUUUCUGAAUAUGACUGAUGCCGAAUUUUAUACUUCAUUGAAUAACGGAUCACACUAUAUUCAAGAACAACCCAAAGCCACCGUCAAUGUAACAUUUCCUAUUGUAGUCAACUCUACGCUAAGAAGAGGUUAUUAUGAUGCAUAUUACGGCUACUACUAUAACCACGAUAUUCCUUAUUAUUUUGGGGGCAUCAUUUGUGCAUACUUUGUGGGUGUUAUGCUAAUUGCCGGUUUAAUUCGUUUUUUGGACUACACUCCAAUAAAAAAGUUAAUCUUCAAGCAAAAACUGAUGAAUUAUGUGAGGGGUUAUAUCACGUUACCAACCCUUUGGAAAAAGCAUGCAGAACCUUUUUCAUACCUAAAAGUGUUUACUGGCUAUAUUCCUACUAGAUUCGAAACCUUGGUCAUUUUGGGAUACCUGAUACUCCAUACCAUUUUCAUGUCUUACAAAUAUCAGUAUGACCCUUACCAUAUCAUUUUCGCUGGUCAUAGAGCAGAAGUGGCACAAUUCGUUGCUUAUAGAAGUGGUAUACUUUCAUUUGCACAUAUACCGCUGAUUAUCUUAUUUGCAGGAAGAAAUAACUUUCUACAACUUAUUUCUGGUUUGAAACACACUUCGUUUAUCGUAUUCCACAAGUGGCUUGGAAGAAUGAUGUUUCUUGAUGCCGUGAUUCACUCUGCCGCCUUCACAAACUACUACUUGUUUUAUAAGAAAUGGGAUAUGGUUAAAGUAAAAACAUUCUGGAAAUUUGGUAUCGCUGCUACUUGUUUAGCGGGAAUGUUGAUUUUCUUUUCCAUUGCAGCUUUUAGAAGACACUGCUAUGAAACUUUUAUGGCCCUCCAUAUAGUAUUUGCUGCUAUGUUCUUGUAUGCAUGUUGGGAACACGUUACUAUUUAUAGUGGCAUUGAGUGGAUUUAUGCCGCGAUAGCAAUUUGGGGUGUCGACAGAAUCGUACGUAUCGUUAGAAUUGCCCUCUUAGGUUUUCCAAAGGCCGACUUGCAGUUAGUCGGUUCUGAUUUGAUCCGCGUUACAAUAAAUAAACCAAAGAAUUUCUGGAAAGCAAAACCGGGACAAUAUGUGUUUGUCUCUUUCUUACGCCCUCUGUGCUUUUGGCAGUCACAUCCAUUCACGGUUAUGGAUUCUUGUGUAAGGGAUGGUGAACUGGUCAUCAUUUUGAAGGCAAAGAAGGGUGUGACAAAAUUAGUAAAGAACUAUGUGGAACGCAAAGGCGGCCGGGCUUCCAUGAGGUUGGCUAUCGAAGGCCCAUAUGGAUCCAAGUCGGCUGCCCAUCGUUUUGAUAAUGUAUUACUUUUGGCAGGUGGAUCAGGUCUUCCUGGUCCAAUUGCCCAUGCUAUCGAGCUAGGAAAAACAACAGCUGCAAGCGGAAAGAAUUUUGUUCAGCUAAUAGUAGCAGUUAGAGGGUUUGAUAUGCUUAACGCGUGUAAGCAGGAACUGAUGGUUUUGAAAGAUCUGAAUGUUCAUGUUCAUAUUUACAAUUCUAAGCAAGAUGCAACUCCAGGUGUACCAAUUAGCCCAAAAGUAUCUAAAAGUGACGAAAUAGUGAUAGAGAACACUCCUUCCGUUGUCGAUAAUUCAGAGAAAGCUCUUUCUGAGAAUGAAAAUACGGAGCAACCCCUCUCUGUAAGUGGCAUCUCCAAUGUCGAUUUUGAAUUUGCCACUUUCCAUGCAGGAAGGCCCAACGUUGAAGAACUGUUGAAAGAAUCCGUCACUCACUCUGGUUCACUCGCGGUAGUGUGUUGUGGACCACCUGUCUUUGUUGACACCGCUAGAGAUCAAACCGCCACAGCCGUAAUUAAAAAUCCAUCAAACGUAAUUGAGUACUUGGAAGAAUAUCAAGCAUGGUAA